AUGGAGGCCGUCCUGCGACAUCCAUCCCUUUCCCGCCUCAAAGCCCCCAACCCAGCUGCUCACAGAACCCAGUACCUCUCCAUCACCGUCCCUCGCCGUCCCCGCGUCCCCAAGCGCCGCCUCGCCGCCGCCGCGCUGUUCCAGGACCAGACCAACCCAAGAACCGCGGCAACAAGCAAGGGGGGCGAUGAAGAAGACGAGGAGGGGUACGGAGAGGUGGACCGCAUCGUCUCCAGCCGAACCGUCAAGAACGCGGUGUUCGCGGAGGACGGCUCGGCCACCACCGUCACCGCCACGGAGUACCUCGUCGAGUGGAAAGACGGGCACGAGCCGACCUGGAUCCCGUCGGAGGCGAUAGCCGCGGACGUGGUGGCGGAGUACGAGACGCCGUGGUGGGAUGCCGCCAAGAAGGCCGAUGUGGAUGCGCUGGGCGCGCUGCUGGCGGACGAGGCGCUGCGGCGGGACCCGAACGCCGAGGACGCGCAGGGGCGCACGGCGAUGCACUUCGCCGCGGGGCUCGGGUCGGAGGAGUGCCUGCGCUUGCUCGCGGAGGCGGGGGCGGACGUGGGCCACGCGGAGCGCGCCGGCGGAGGGCUGACGCCGCUGCACAUCGCGGCGGGGUACGGCCGGGCGACGGGCGUGCGCGCGCUGCUGGAGCUGGGCGCCGACGCGGAGGGCCCCGACGGGAAGGGCCGGACGCCCCUGGAGCUGGUGCAGGAGGUGCUGGCUGCGACGCCCAAGGGCGUGCCAGCGGCGUUCGAACGGCGCCAAGCGCUCGAGGCGGCGGCGAAGGAGCUGGAGAAGGCCGUGUACGAGUGGGGCGAGGUGGAGAAGGUGGUGGACGGGCGCGGCGAGGGCAAGUGGCGGGAGUACCUGGUGGAGUGGCGCGACGGCGGCGACCGGGAGUGGGUGAAAGCGCCGUGGGUGGCGGAGGACCUGGUGAAGGACUUCGAGGCCGGGCUGGAGUACGGCGUCGCGGAGGCCGUCGUGGACAGGAGGCAGGCGGCGGACGGCGACGGGGACGGCAAGUGGGAGUACCUCGUCAAGUGGGUGGACAUUGAGGAGGCGACGUGGGAGCCCGCGGAGAACGUGGACGCCGAGCUCGUGCAGGAGUUCGAGCGGCAGCAGUCGGGGAACGGUGGCGCCGCACCGCCGGCGGAGACAUUUGCCGGGUGA